CCUCGCCGGUUUUACACAAAAAAAGGCACAGAAAUGACAAAAUCUGAGUGGCGCACUCCCCCACUCGCUGACCAGGGGAUUGACUCCUUUACACAAUAUGAUGAAUUAAUGGGGAAAAUAGACGGGAAAGUUUAGACUUUCAUCCACUUUCCCCUUCCACCUCCACUCACGCUCUCAAGAAAAAGAGUAGUAAAACAUCAUACGUGGCACAAUUUCCCAUGCGUUUCGCUCCCUCCUUUUAACUCCGUCAUAACGAUACAGCCUCCGUCUGCCGCGAAUUCAACAAACCCCGACCUAUUAUAUAUUACACGGUUUGCCCUCUGCAACGCCACGGUCAAGCCCAAGAGCUGUCUCAUCUCUUCUGAGUUGGAUCUUUUUGAAACCCUAAUUUUCUGAAGGAAAAAAUAUAGUAUGCAUUGCUAGAGAAAAUAUCGUAUCUGCAAGCAUUUGGAUUGUUCUCUCGUGUAUAUGAGUGAGGAUGGGGUCAGUUUGUUGUGUUCCUGCAAAGGAGAGAGCCCUGCCCAACAGAGCCACAGGUGAAAGUUUGCAUAGGAAUGUCAUAUACUCACCAUCCUGGAGCUUUCACUGGGAUAAUCGUGGGCGUGUGGCAGGAGAAGUUGACAAUACUUCAUAUGGAGCAGCUCAUGCAGUUAGCAGGAAUGUUAGCUUGGAAAUGAAGGGGAGAUUAGGUCACGAAAGAGGUAAUUUUUCAGAUGGUGGAAGCUUGUUGGAUAAUUUUGGAACACCAACGUCUCAAAAGUCUCCAGUUCAUGAAGGAACGGUUGCAAACUUGAUGACCCCUUCAGAUCUGUCCAUGGAAAGUAAUCAUUAUACGGAGGUGAAGAACUUAACAGAAUCAUCAGAGAUUGCAGAUUUAUCUGCACCAAAGCUUUCAUUUUCCAUACCAUCAACUUCAUCUUUCUCAACACCAACAGAAGAUCCAUUGUCCUCCCAAACUCACCCUAUUCCGGCCAACUCAACCCCAUCAAGGCGGGCUCGUUGUUCACCAGGACACCAGCUGUUGAGACAAGUUUCAGAUAGUCGAAUCCUAGGAUUGAAAUCGCCAAAUAACAACUCAAUGUCUGACCGGAGACCAUCUUUUGUACUCUCCACUUGCAGCAAUGACUUAACAAAUGGAUCCCAUGGUGGUUCUUCUGAUGGAUGGUCCAUGCGCACAUUUUCCGAGCUUGUGGCCUCUUCUCAAAGAGAAAGGUGGUCGUUUGACAGUGAGCACUUUGGUUCUGGUCGUGGCAAGAUAAGUGGGUCUAGCAGCAGGUUCUCAUGUUCUCCCUCCAUUGAUCUGCAAAAUUGUGGAGCUUGCUCAAAGCUCUUGACGGAGAGAUCUUCAUUUAGCAGCCAAAAGAUUGUUCCUAAUAAUGAGCUCUCAGUGGUUGCUGUGCUGGUUUGUGGACAUGUUUACCAUGCCGAGUGUCUGGAGACUAUGACACUGGAAGCUGACAGGUUUGACCCAGCUUGCCCAGUAUGUAUGGUUGGGGAGAAGCAAGUUUCAAAGAUGUCAAGAAAAGCUUUGAGAGUGGAAGCAGAGUUAAAGGCAAGGAACAAUAAGAUAUCCAGAAACAGGGUUGUGGACAGUUAUCUUGACGGUGGUUUUGAUGUUUGUGAUCGCCGGAAACAUACUGAACAAGAAAGAAAAUUUCCAAAAAUGGAAUCCAGUUCCAGUGUAAGAAGCUCCUUUGCAAAGCCUUUCUUGAGGCGGCACUUUUCACUUGGGUCUAAGUGGAGUAGAUCUCUUUCAGACAGUGACUCUACUAGGAAAAAGGGGUUUUGGGCAAGAUAUCGCAAGGAUUGAACCAUCCAAUUGGUCAGAGAUUUCAUUAAUGGUUGCCUGGAGAUCUCAACAUGAAAGGAGCAAGUUGCAGUACCCAAGAAGUUUUUUGAAGGGUGCAAUAGCUCACUGUCAUUUAGCGUCACAGCCAGGUUGGAAGUGGACUGUGAAGCUUCACUAUGGAGGUGAGGAAUAAGGUAAAAUGGCUUUUGAAGAACUUUCACAUGUACUAGCUCCAACAUGUUUGAUGUGUUAUUCAAACAGCCAUCAGUUUUAUUUUGGAAAAAAACUAGGGCCGUUUGGUGGGCUAAUGAAGGCAGUCAUUCUACACCGUUUCUCAUUUCUCAGGUCAUGAGCCCAUUGGGGUUGUGAUAAUUUUAGACAAAAAAAUCAAUUACCAUGCAGUGCUUUGAUCCAUAA